AUGAUGUUUCAAGCUGCAGUUCCUUUUCCACAAUCUUCAAGCUUAUGUGUACUUGAGCUUCCUAUAACUUCUUAUCUUGGUCUUUCGAUAACAUGCCAUAAGCUGUUCACUGUUACUAUCAAUUUUUUUGAAGGCAGCUCGGUGAUUGUUCUUUUGAGCUGCAAACUGCCACACUAAUUUUCUUCUGCGCCGAUGUGAUCUUAAUGACUUUUUUCUUUCAUUUUUGCAUGAGAACUGAUUUGAAAGCUUGCAGAGACUUUGCUUCGAGGUUGCAAGGUUCAUGCAGCGGGAUUACUUUUCCUCCGCCCACCCGCCGAUGGCAGCCGAGGAGCUUCGGGGAAGAACGCCCACAGUACGCAUCUACUUAUAGCAGUGGCACCACCGACCACCCACGCGUUCUCACGUGAUGCUAAAAUGACGGUUGACUUUCCCCGAGCUGGCGUACAUUUAGCUGUACUUGGAACAGCGUCACCGGCCGAUGUCGCCGCACCGACGCGUUAGGGUUAUUUUACUUGAAGUGAAAGGACAUCCUUACCCCCAUCUGACACGGUUCCGUUUGGCGCCUCAUUGGGCAGAAGAACUCUUACCAUCAUAAGGGCAGUUCGGGUAGAGUUCCCGUCUCUCGUGAGCCCCACCUCUGCCGUCCUCCCUCAAGAGAUGCCUUUUAAGAUGGCGCGAGAGCAUGCGACUCGGAUGGCGGAGCGCAGUGGCGAGCAGCGAGAAUUGACCGGGCAAUUGGGAACUAGUUUGGAUCGUCUGCUUCAAUGGCGUCGCCAAUCCCCUGCUUCCUCCUCCUCUUCCUUUUCCUCUUCUCAGGUAGUGAGGCGCUCACGGUGGGUGUCAACUACGGGCAGAUCGCCAACGAUCUGCCGUCUCCCACCCGCGUCGCCGGCCUGCUUCGUUCCCUCAACAUCAGCAGAGUAAAGCUCUAUGACGCUGACCGGAACGUUCUUACUGCCUUCCACGAUACUGAUGCGGCGUUUGUGAUAGGAAUCGGCAACGAGAAUGUGUCGACGAUGACUGACCCAGGCAAAGCCCUGGCAUGGCUGCAACUCCACGUCCUGCCUUACCUUCCUUACACCAACAUCACCUGCGUUACCGUCGGGAACGAGGUGUUCAAAGGCAACGACACCCUGCUCAUGUCGAAUCUUCUCCCGGCGAUGCAGUCGGUCCACCAAGCUCUGGUCUCCCUCGGCCUUGAUAAGAAGGUGACCGUCGCCAGUGCUCAUUCCAUCGACAUGUUGGCCAGCUCCUACCCUCCUUCCGCCGGCUCCUUCCGCCAGGAUCUCGCUGCGUACAUCCAACCCAUCCUCGGCUUCCACUCCAUCACCAACUCGCCCUUCCUCGUCAAUGCCUACCCCUUCUUCGCCUACAAGGAAAGCCCGAGCACGAUCUCGCUGGACUACGUCCUGUUCGAGCCCAACUCGGGAGUCACCGAUCCCAACACCAACCUCAACUACGACAACAUGCUGUAUGCUCAGAUCGAUGCGGUUUAUUCCGCCAUGAGAGCGUGGGGGCACACCGACAUCGAGGUCAGGAUUUCCGAGACCGGGUGGCCGUCCAGGGGCGACGACGAUGAGGUCGGAGCGACGCCGGAAAACGCCGCCAAGUACAAUGGGAAUUUGCUGCAGAGGAUAGAGAUGAAUCAAGGCACUCCUCUGAAGCCUUCGGUUCCUGUGAAUGUCUACGUCUUCGCACUGUUCAAUGAGAAUUUGAAGCCCGGACCGACCUCGGAGAGGAAUUAUGGCCUCUUUUAUCCCGACGGCACGCCUGUUUACAACGUUGGCUUGCGCGGCCAUCUUCCGUCCAUCGUCUUCUCUUCCAGCUCGCUGAUGAUGCCCGCUUUGAGCAUUGUGAUACUCGCGGUGGCAGCUUCGAUCUUAACCUGAAACCCACUUCUGCAACUGACGGGCGAAGUGGAUGUGGAGAUGGUGGUCGAGCAUCUCGCCAUCCACUGAAUCCACCGAACUGAUGAUGCAAGGUUCAGAAUCCCUUCCACGCUGCAUUUGUCUGUGUUCAGCCGUUCCGAGCGAUAACAGUAGCCACAAUUUACUGGGAAGAAGGAGAAUUCCAACCAAGAUUCUUUUUCGGCAUCAACAACAACAACAAAAAGAACAUAUAGAAUCUGUUGCUCUUUUGUUCUGAUAAGAAUAAGAACAGCAUGUUGAAUCAAGCUCUGCAAGAAAGACUACCCAGUGACUGAGCUCAAUUUGCUUGUUGAUUCAUGUCAAUUUGGAUUGUCUUGUGUGAUAGAACUGAACAGGACCUACUGAGAUGAUCAACUAUUGCAGUGGACAA